AUGGUAGAAGAGAAAGCCAACCUUCCCGGAACAAACACCGGAAAUUUAAGACUCCGGCAUGCGACUGAUCAAAUCUCUUCUCUAAUCGUCCUCUCCCACUCAACCAAAGUCUUCUCAUCAAAAUGGAAAGUGAUAAGAAGCAAGCUAGACGAGAUACUCUCCAUCCUCGCCUCUCUCCCUCCGGAAAUUCAAGCUUCGGCCGACAACCACCCAACUCUCUCCGGCAUCAUACGGUCCAUUAAAGAAACAACAGAUUGUUCCAUCAAUUUGGCUCAGAAAUGUAUCGAACAUUCCUACAGUGGGAAGCUAUUAAUGCAGAGUGAUCUUGAUAUUAUUUUUGUGAAAUUCGACAGUAGCGUUAAGUCUUUGUCUGAAUUUAUUAAUUCAGAGGGGCUUUUAUCAAAUAGUAAUUACGCAAUUGUCGUUUCAAGACCUCCACCCACAGCAUCUAGAGAUGACAUCCAGUUUUAUGUUAAAGAUUUGUUAUGCAGAUUCAAGAUUGGUCGCAUUGAGAUGAAGAAACAAGCUCUGGUUAGCUUCAAUGAAGUCAUUCAAGAAGAUGAAAGGUAUGUAAAAAUCGCAAUGGAAAUUGACGGGCUUGUUCAUGUUCUAAUGAAGUUCCUGAAUUCAAAAGAAAUCGAAAUUCAAGAAGAGGCAUUAAAAUCGGUGGCUACGCUUUCUGGGUUUGAUUCAUACAAGAGAGUUUUGGUAGGAACCGGUGUCAUUUCCCCAUUGAUUAGAGUUUUGGAGACUGGAAGUGAUUUGGGGAAAGAACUGUCCACCAGGUGUUUGAUGAAAGUCACUGCAAAUUCCGAUAACGCAUGGUCCGUUUCCGCUCAUGGUGGGGCAUCUGCAUUAUUAAAGAUUUGUGGGAGUGGUUGUGAUGAUGCUGCUGGUGGAGAAUUGGUAGGUUUAGCAUGUGGGGUGUUGCGAAAUCUCAUAGGUGUUGAUGAAAUUAAAAGAUUUCUUGUUGAAGAAGGCGCAAUACCAAUGUCCAUCAAGCUUGUUAAGUCCAAAAACGAAGCUUCACAAAUAAGUGCCAUCGACUUCAUUCAAGUUUUGGCUUCUGGGAACGAAUUUAUAAGAGGUUUGAUUGUAAACGAAGGUGGGAUUCGUGUUCUUGUUCGCAUACUCGAUCCAAAAUCUUCAUAUUCAUCCAAAUCCCGAGAGAAAUCCAUGAGGGCUUUAAUAAUCCUAUGUUCAGAUUCAAUUGGGUACAUAAACAGUUUGAAAAAUUACAACUUUAUCGAUCAUUUACUUUAUUUUCUUAAAAACGGUGAGGUUUCGAUCCAAGAAUCAGCCUUGAGAGCUGCGUUUUGGUUAUGUGGGUCUUCCGAUGAGUUCAAGAAAGCCAUGGGUGAUGCAGGAUUCAUGCCAGAAAUGGUGAAAUUUCUUGAUGCGAAGUCGUUUGAGGCACGAGAAAUGGCUUCAGAGACACUUUUCCGAUUGGUGGUUGUGCCUAGAAACCAAAAAAGAUUCGUGCAAAAUGAUCAAAAUGUGAACUUUCUUCUACAAUUGGUCAAUCCGGAUGAAGGGAAUUCAGGUAAUAGAAAGAAUCUACUUUCUAUAAUCAUGUCAUUGACUUUCUGUAAUGAUGGCAGAAAGAAAAUUUUAAGCUCUGGGUAUUUGAAAAAUAUUGAAAAACUUGCGGAGGAUCAAGUUUUAGAUGCUAAAAAGAUUGUUAGGAAUUUAUCAUCGAAUCGAUUCCGAAGCAUGAUCAGGGGAAUUUGGCAUUCGUGA